CGUGCGUCACAUCACGUCUGGCUUAAUACGUCGUUCGUGGCUCUGAACAACAACAGUUUUCUCGUAAUUUUUUGGAGUUUUUCAAAGGUUCCUGCUCGUCCAACAAGCCUCCCGAGGAGCGAGAUGGAAGAGUCUGCCGAUCCGUCAAGCGGAGCCGGUAAGGACGAGCUGGACGAUUCCUCGCCCCCCAAAAGGUCCCGUUCCGAGGAGGCUGAGCCCGAGACUCCGUCGACAUCGUCCGGUAGCGCCAGGUCCCCGAAGGAAAGCGAACCGUCCGCCGUGCCUAAAGCGAAAGAAGAAGAACCACGCAACGAAGGGGAACCAAGUGCUGAUAACCCUGCGGUGCCAGUGGCAGAAGCUGCAGAUCCUGCCGCUGUCAGAUCGGUUGCCCGCUCCAGGUCUCCGUAUUGGAGUCGUCAGGAAACGUUACAGUUUUUGAUCCGCGAUGUCCUGGACCAACACAUGGAGAACGAGGAGUCGGAGGAGUUGGAGGAAUCCGAUGAUGAUUCGGUGCAGCAUAAUGCGGGGCCUCUUUCCCCGAGCGGAUCCAGCAGUGCUUCCGAUAGCUCUUCCACAAUGUCUUCCGAGACGGAUACGACGUCAACGUCGCGGCAUUCCUACUCGCCAUCGAGCAGAUCAUCUUCCAGCGAGUCACCAAUGCGUCGAUCACCUCGUGCAUCACCAGAUCGUGAUCAAGCUCAAGCGGCAGAGGCCAGUACGGUUGGCAGCGCUCCCAAGGGAAGGAACUUCGUUAAAGACCUCGAGGAACGGCAACGGAGCGGUGUCGCAUUUCGGGCCACGGAAGCGAACCGUAGCUAUAGUGCUAGGCUCUUCGAGCGCCGCAUCUACUCUUCGCUGUACGUGGCGAAGCAUCUCACACUAUCGCACCGAUUGCGCGGCCACAGGGGUUGCGUGAACAGUCUGAACUUUAACGCCGACGGUACGCUGCUGGCGAGUGGGUCCGACGAUUUGCGACUGAAGCUGUGGCAGUGGCCAACGGGGAAACUGUUGCACACAGUCCAAACCGGCCAUCGGCAGAACGUGUUUCAAACAAAGUUCGUUGACAACGGGUGCAAGAUGCGGCAAAACCUGGAAGUCCUAACGACGGGCCGUGACGGUCAGGUGCGCUACGUGCUGAUCGAUAACGCCGGAAAGGCGAACAUCGAUGUGCUGUUCAAGUGCAACCGGCCUAUCCACAAGAUAGCGAUACCGGUUAACACACCGAACUCGUUCGUUACCGCCGGUGAAGAUGGGAAGGUGCGGAUGUGUGAUCUGCGCCAGGGGAAGAUGGAAACCCUGCUCGACGUAUCCUUCCGCCUGUACAGCGUGGCGACGCAUCCGUUGGAUUCGCAGUUUUGCAUCACUGGCAACGAUGUGAGCGUGAGCGUGUACGAUUUUCGAAAUGUACGAGAACCGCUCAAGAAGUUGCGUGGUCUCCGUAAAAAGAAAUCACAUGCGAGCAUAACUUCGGCGGUUUACAACCACCUUGGCACGGAAAUCGUGGCCAGCUAUAGCGAUGAGAAUGUCUAUCUGUUCGACAACACCGUGAAUGGACCGUUGGUGAAGCCGAUAGGUUGCUUCAAAGAUCAUCGAAACAUCAACACCAUCAAGGGAAUCAGCUUCUUCGGGCAGCAGUCAGAGUACAUAGUAAGCGGCAGCGACUGUGGUUACACCUUCGUCUGGGACAAAAAGAGCCAAACGGUGGUCAACUGGUUGCGCAGCGGUCCGCUCGAUGUGGUCAAUUGUAUCGAGCCCCAUCCAGAGUUUCCGAUCGUCGCCACCUCCGGACUAUCGCGGCACGUGAUGGUGUGGGCACCGAAGGGUCUGAUCGAUGGUCAAACGUUGCCCCGGAGCAAACCUUCUGACCGAGAGCGUCAACGGCAUUUCAGGCCAAGCAUGUCGCCGGGCUGGACGGGUGAUAUGCUAAUGGAUGCCUUCAACAUACCUCCAUCCGAAGAGAGCGACAGUGAUAGUAUGCGCUCGUACGAUAUGUCUUAUAACUCCGAGUACGAUGGCAUGAGUCCAACCCAUCCCAUAUUCCAGUGCAACCCCUCCUAGACCCCACCCCUUGGCUUUUCGUUCCGUUCCUUUUCUUUCUAUACAAAUAUCCCAUCUGGUUUCACCGGCCUUUGGAGAAACCAUUCGUUAAACUUUCUGCAAAGUCAACGUUCAUUUCCUGUUUUACUUCUCUCGAUCGCCCGAAUAAAUGAUCAUAUUUG